AAAUUAUCUUUAUAUCAAUUAGAAACCCCAUACAAGGUUCUUACUGUUAAUCAUGCCCAAAGGAUGUCUCAAAAAAAAAUCUUUUAAACCUUAUAAAAAAGAUUUCUAAUGAGUGUUUCAAAAGAAAAAAAAAGGAUAUAAUGAAUUGAUGACGCUACCGCAGUACCGCGUAUGUAACAAAGCAUUAUCUCAGGAUGUCUCAACAAAAAAAAAUCUCUUAAACCUUAUUAAAAAGGAUUUCGUAAUGAAUGUUUUGAUAUAACUAACUACAUGAAUCUCAUAUGAUGAAUUGAUGACGCUACCGCGGUACCGCGUUUGUAAUUUAAAUUUGUUUUCUUAAGUUUUUUUUUUGUAAGUUUGGUAGACCUACAGACGUAUGAUGCAAGUACAACAAUGAAGAAUUUUUUUUAAUUUUAUGUUUUAUAUUUGGAUACAUACCAGUGUUGACGUCCGCGUAUGCAUUUGUAGUUGGUUAAACAACUAUACUAGUCUAAAAUAUCAAUGCUAAAACUAUUAAUCUUUCCGUUUCAUAUUACAUAUCGUUAUAAUAUACUAAAAAUUUUCGUUACAAAAUAAUUAUCGUUUUAUGAUUUAAAUACAAUUUUCAUUACUUUAUAUUUUUUAUCCUUAUUUAAGUUUAGAAAAAAAAAUAUAAGUUUAAUAAUUAAAGUAAAGCUGAAUAUUUAACCACUUCAAAAAUUUGUGUGAAAAAUAACUUUAAACGGAGAGAUUUUUUUUCCUUAGCUGAAGGCUGGAGUCAGUUAAUGCGAGCGUAAAAUGAGUAGAUGGUUAUCUUCUUUUGGUGAUGUUUUGGAUCAACACUCGUUCCUUGCAAGGUAUUAUAUCAUACUACCGUACCUAGGAUCGACCAAGCUUAAACCGGGAUAUGAGUCUGUGAUUCAGUUUUCUGAAUAAUUAUCCGGUUCUCGUCUGAAUAAGAACUCAUAAUGUAAGCUGGACCUAGUCAUAUUUACUUGUUUGAUUAAUCCCAACAUAUGUUGUUCAAAUGUUUCAGCCGAGUUUCUUGCCAAAUAAAAGUCACGAGACGAAAGUCCUCGAGUCAAAGAAGCAAACGAACUCCAACCUCAUGGCAAAAUUAAGUUUUUUUUUUUUUUUGAAACAAUUUAAGUUUAUAAUUAAAUUUUAUAUAAAAGUGAAAGAAAAAUCAAUAUAAAUCUCACUUUGAAAACUUGGUGAUGUAUCAAUUUGAAGUACCGGUUAGUUCUCCAGUUGGUUCUUUGAAGAAUCUCUACCUCCACACGUAUUCUCCUCUAGUUCUUUACUCUUACUAGUGACAAUGAAACCCGAGUAGUCCUCAUACUCAUACAUACUACCCAUUAUUAUAUGAACGUUUGGGUGUUGGUAUUUUUAUAACUCAGUUUGUAGCAUAAAAGUAUAAAAUAAUGCGACUUUGAAGUCUAUCUAUGUUUUACGCGAUGUCCUUAGCUUCUAAAACAUUAUUAUAAUGUUAUUCGUUAAAGUUCGAAUGCAAACGUAAACAAAUAGUUAUUUGGCUAAACUUUAACAUGAUUUGUUUUUUGGAGAUUUUGAUAAAAACCUCAUUAUAUAAAUUGAGGUGUGUGAAUGUGGCUACUUAUUUGAACCGUUGAUUUGAUAUCAUUCCACAUGUCUCAUAAGCAGUCAUAACUUCUAUAAACAAACCAUUUGAAAAUUCGAAUUAAUUCACGACGUGUAGGCUUUUCUAUUGGUAAUUUGUUAAAGUUGCGAUAAAAUGGUGUAGUAUCCAGUAGUUAAGGCACUAACUAUGUCACAAAAGUGAUAUUACAAUCCAACCGUUACAAAAGCGAUGCCAAUGGUGAUACAAUAAACUUAAACCAAAAGUAGCAAUGUUUUCACCAACUCUACUUGUCUUGGCGUAUAAGACCGAUGUCCUUUACUCCUUCACUAGUUUUGUCGCCCUGUUUUGUCAAGCGAACCCAUUGAUUUGACGAUAACUGAAGAAAAUGUGACUUUUGUCAAGAAAAUUACCAAAUCUAUAUAUUUUUACAUCAGGGAGGGAAAAUAAUCGAGCCAUGCCAUCGAACUACUGAACCAAAAUCAAGCCAUCCAAAAGGAGAUCUAACCCGGGUUGUGACAAAAACAAAAGAGAGAGAGUUAGAAUGACCAGGUCUUGUUGAUUUCAGCGAAAGCCCAUGUGGACUUAGCCAAACCGUGUCUAAGCGAGUAUUCUAUUCCAACGUCCUACAGUUUGGUUCAAUAAUAUUGAAAACUAAUUCUUUUUGUAGUAAAGUCAAAGUCAAAGUUCAUAUAUGAGUUUGUAUACAAUAAACAUAGGACAGUGAGACCAACAAUGCACAAGUCAAACAACGACAUCUCAAGAAACCUAUAUAUACGAGGCAUUAUCGAAUUCGUUACAUAUACAAACCUAAAAAAACCCUACACUUCUCUAACCAAUAAGAAGGAAUUUAGCACAAAAAAAAACCAAUAAGAAGAAGUAUGAUGAAGAGACAAUUAGUGCUCGUGAUUAUCUUAGUUGUUAUUUUCGUUGCUGUCUUGGACGUUACGCAAGUUGAAGCCAUGAGGCCUUUCCCGGAGGCCGUCGACGAGAUCAGCCUACUGUUGUUCCAGGCGCUUCAAAGAGGUCCGGUCAGUGGCUCUGGUCGGAACGGUUGCACCAAUAUUCCUCGCGGUUCAGGAAGGUGCCGCCACGGCUAAAGCUUUCAUACGAAUCUUCUUCAUUAUUUUUUUAUUCUUUUUUUUUCCACAGUUGUGUUACGUACAUAAUUACAUAUACGUAAUUAUACGAUAGCUUUGAUCUCAUAUCAUUUGAACUGUAAUCAACGGAAAUUAAUUAGUUUAUUAAUGUGUCUUCAAUGACAAUACAUACAUGUUUUUUUUCUUUUUUUUGGGGCUAUUCACUAAAUUGGUCAAGAAAAGCCAUUUGUAGAAACAAAUUUCGUUUUAAAAAUAGAAACUUUAUUGGACUUUUGGUUUGAAAAGGUAGGUAGACAAUACAGUAAAUAAUUCAAGCAUUUGACUUUUACCGCCAAAAGAAAUCACAUCUCACAGAAACAUGCGCUUUAUAAAAAGCCGUUUUCAUGGCAGUGUACCGUAUUGAAAUCACAUCACACAGAAACAUGGUUUGAAAAGGUAGGUAGACAAUACCGUUAGUCGCCCGAGGUUUUUCCCACCGACGUCUCUUCUUGAUGACGAUGUUACUAAAAGUCAUCAGGCCAUGACGGCAACAAAAAAAAUAUCUCCCGUUUAUGGUAAAAUGUGAAGAAUCCUAUAUGUUUUGGCUGGAGGAUUUACGAGCCACAAGAUACCCACAAUUUUCAUCAACGUUCCUGUGACAACAAAACUUGCAUUGGAGUGUGAAACUUCAGAUAAUUAGCUUUGCAAGUAACACUAACAAAAACAUUGUACGUUGAGUAUGCAUAGAUGCUAACGUAACGAACUUGAAUCAGAAACAGAUCAUGUAAGUGUACCUGUGUGAAACUGCCUAUGUUCCAAGCAUCAAGUGCUUAUAAUAACGACCCCGGAUAAUUCCAAGCCACCAAUAUUUGGUUGAGCUCCAGUAACUCAUCUUCAUUCGUUCUUGGAUGAGCCUGUAAUGCAGACCACGCAGCUGUUUAAGGAUUGAACAGAGAUUUAGAGGAGCAGGUCCAAGGGAGAAGGAAAAAAGUUUGAUCACCAUCUAACGAGGCAUCUUUUAAUGCCUUGGGAUAUAGGACGGAAGAAAGACGGAUCUCGCUGAGUAUAUAGUAUCC